AGCUGGUUCUCAGUUCGCACUUGGCAGCACGGGCAGGCGAGUGGCCCUUAGUUCUGGGAGCAGCAGCGCUCCUGUCCUGGUCCUACAGCCCCAAGCCUCGCCUGCCCGCCCAGCGCCAGGAUGGCCACCAUCACCUGCACCCGCUUCACGGAAGAGUACCAGCUCUUCGAGGAACUAGGAAAGGGAGCCUUCUCAGUGGUGCGCAGGUGUGUGAAGGUGCUAGCCGGCCAGGAAUAUGCUGCCAAGAUUAUCAACACGAAGAAGCUCUCGGCCAGAGAUCACCAGAAGCUGGAGCGUGAAGCCCGCAUCUGCCGCCUGCUGAAGCACCCCAACAUCGUCCGGCUCCAUGACAGCAUCUCUGAGGAGGGACACCAUUACCUGAUCUUUGACCUCGUCACCGGCGGGGAGCUGUUUGAAGACAUCGUGGCCCGGGAGUAUUACAGCGAGGCGGAUGCCAGUCACUGCAUCCAGCAGAUCCUGGAGGCCGUGCUGCACUGCCACCAGAUGGGGGUGGUGCACCGGGACCUGAAGCCGGAGAACCUGUUGCUGGCCUCCAAGCUCAAGGGCGCUGCGGUGAAGCUGGCGGACUUUGGCCUGGCCAUAGAGGUAGAGGGCGAGCAGCAGGCAUGGUUUGGGUUCGCAGGAACACCUGGAUACCUAUCGCCAGAAGUGCUGCGGAAGGACCCAUAUGGGAAGCCCGUGGACCUGUGGGCCUGUGGGGUAAUCCUGUAUAUCCUGCUGGUGGGGUACCCCCCAUUCUGGGAUGAGGACCAGCAUCGCCUGUACCAGCAGAUCAAAGCUGGCGCCUAUGAUUUCCCAUCACCAGAAUGGGACACCGUUACCCCAGAAGCCAAGGAUCUGAUCAAUAAGAUGCUGACCAUCAACCCGUCCAAACGCAUCACGGCCGCCGAGGCCCUCAAGCACCCCUGGAUCUCGCACCGGUCCACCGUGGCCUCCUGCAUGCACAGGCAGGAGACCGUGGACUGCCUGAAGAAGUUCAACGCCAGGAGAAAACUGAAGGGAGCCAUCCUCACCACUAUGCUGGCCACCAGGAACUUCUCUGGCGGGAAGAGUGGAGGAAACAAGAAGAACGAUGGUGUGAAGAAAAGAAAGUCCAGUUCCAGCGUUCAGUUAAUGGAAUCUUCAGAGAGCACCAAUACCACCAUUGAGGAUGAAGACACCAAAGUGCGGAAACAAGAAAUCAUAAAAGUGACAGAGCAGCUGAUUGAAGCCAUAAGCAAUGGAGAUUUUGAGUCCUACACGAAAAUGUGUGACCCUGGGAUGACGGCCUUCGAACCCGAGGCCCUGGGGAACCUGGUCGAGGGCCUGGACUUCCAUCGAUUCUAUUUUGAAAACCUGUGGUCCCGGAACAGCAAGCCUGUGCACACCACCAUCCUGAACCCCCACAUCCACCUGAUGGGUGACGAGUCGGCCUGCAUCGCCUACAUCCGCAUCACGCAGUACCUGGAUGCCGGCGGCAUCCCCCGCACGGCCCAGUCGGAAGAGACCCGUGUCUGGCACCGCCGGGACGGCAAAUGGCAGAUCGUCCACUUCCACAGAUCCGGGGCGCCUUCCGUCCUGCCGCACUGAAGGACCAGGCUGGAGGCGCUGUUUCACAGAGAUCCACUCUUUGUCCGUGGAAUGUGGCUGCUGGUUCUCCCACUUGGAUUUUGCUGGAAUUCCCCCAAUCACAUCAUCCCACCACCACCACUAUCGCUGUCACCUUCAUACCUGCGUCAAGAAAACCUGUUCGUUCGCAAAAGCCAUCACGACUUCAGAGCAAAUGGCCACAUCUCCCCAUCUCCACCUGUCACUCUUGCUCUCUGUCCCCUGCUGGGGUGGGGCUUCCUCAGGCCCAGGUGCCCUGGGUGCUGGCCCCAAGGACCCCUCUCCCAGCUGUCAUUGGCCUGGUCUUGCCUUGGCCGGAGGCCAUGGUCCCAGCUGUGUGUUCACCCAGGGCCUGGGGAGGAGGGGCAGAGCCAGGAGGAAUGUGGCACCUGCCAGAACCCCCUCCCUGAUCUCCCCUCUUCUGGGGUCCUCGGGAAGGGCAGAACACCCAGCCCCCCGCACCAACCUCCCCCGUGGGAGAGGGCAAAAGCGGAGCAAGAUGUCAGGAGCCUCCUGCCUCAAACUGCCUUCCUAACUCUUCUCCCAUCCUGUCCUGCCCUCUUGUUCUCCAGCCGACCCUCCUCCCUCAGUGUGGGGGGCUCGAUCCUCUCAGGGUGCCCCCACUUCUUCCUUUCUUCCUUCUGCUGAUGUUUACUUCCAACACUAGCUGCCCAUUCCACUCAUCCAUCAGGCCUGGAGAAUUCCAGCUUCAUCAUCCGAAGGAGAGAAUCUGAUUGCUUUUUGAAGGCAAAAGAAAACCUUUAGGUAUCACUUCUACUUGGACCGCAUGCCUUUUUAUAGCCAAACUUCUGUGUGUUUCGUAAAUGGAUUUCGCGUUAAUGGAUAUUUAUGUAAUAACUAGACCUCUCAAAUUAUUGUGAGAAGGUUUGGGUUGGGAAGGGAGGUGGGAAGAGGGGUGAGGGGUAGUUUUUUUUUUU